CCGCGGGCCCUCGGCCGACCAGCGAUUCGGGAUGCCGCCGCCAAACUGCUUCGGUGCCGGGCCAAUACCCCCGGCCGGGGCACGGUGUCCUGCACACGGAGAGGGCACGCGCCCUAGUGGCGCGGCGGCACGUGACGCGGCCGGCGUGCACCGCACGUCCGCUCCCAUCGCGCGCACCACCCGGCCUUGGUAAAAAAAUUCAUCUUUGGCCCCGCCAUUCUUUCAUCCAUCAAAUACAGCCAAAAUGUCCGCUCAAAACCCUAUGCGUGAGUUGCGUAUCGAGAAGUUGGUCUUGAACAUCUGUGUCGGUGAGUCCGGUGACAGAUUGACCAGAGCCUCCAAGGUUUUGGAGCAGUUGUCUGGUCAGACCCCAGUCCACUCCAAAGCCAGAUACACGGUCAGAACUUUCGGUAUCAGAAGAAACGAAAAGAUCUCCGUGCACGUGACCAUCAGAGGCCCCAAGGCCGAGGAGAUCUUGGAGAGAGGUCUCAGAGUCAAGGAGUUCCAGUUGAAGAAGAGAAACUUCUCUGCCACCGGUAACUUCGGUUUCGGUAUCGACGAGCACAUUGACUUGGGUAUCAAGUACGACCCAGGUAUCGGUAUCUACGGUAUGGACUUCUACGUUGUCAUGGGCAGACACGGUGCCAGAGUCGCCAGAAGAAAGAGAGCCAGAGGUGUCAUUGGCAACUCGCACAAGACCAACCAGGAGGAGUCCAUUGUCUGGUUCAAGCAGAAGUACGACGCCGACGUCUUGGAGAAGUAGAUUCGUGGCUUCCCCUUAUUUUCUAAUGGAAUAUUGCACAUGUUGAGAGAGUUGUAGGUUGUAGUAGAGCGUCGUAGGUUCGGGGUAUUCGAGUCUCUGUUCUUCGGACGUUGGAAGGGGCUGUUGGAGAUACAGGCUUAAUUUGCAGGUCCCAGUGCCGUGUUUUCCGGAUUAUAGAGUCUCUUAUCCUCGGAUGUUGGAAGGGGCUUUUGGAUCUACAGUCUGUAU